AUGAGUGUUUCCCCUCUACUUCCCUUGUUCCGGGUGCUUGCAGGAGUGCCUCGAUCUCGUGCAGGCUCAUCUCAUCAUAACAAUCAGGGGUUUCUGCCAUUGCGCACGACUUCGUGUGCUUCGUGGGUGUCCUACAUUGUCCCCGUGCUGCUGCUGCUGCCUGCCAGCAAGUCGAACGCCGCACGCGACAAAAUACCUGGGUCCCACGGGGAAAUGCAUCUGGCCCAUGAGAUCCCAUCGGUUCUCCGGACACCUCCGCUCAAGAUCCUGGAUUUCAUGACCUACGCCCUCUCCGUCACCCACGAUGACUACCCGCUGUCUGGUGCCGAGUCCCGCGGUCAUGGGUGCUUGGCCAAGUGGCAAACCCACCAGAACGCAGUCAUGACACUGCUGUCCCUGCCGCCAUAG